AUGACAUCCCUCCAAUCAAAGGCGUUGGAAUAUCAAAAAGAAAGCCAGGACGAAACACAUACGCUUAGUUCCUUUUCCUCGUCAUCCGUCUCCGAAACCGAUGACAUCCCUCCAAUCAAAGGCGUUGGCGAUUUCUUCAGAGAAUUCUGUAUCUGGUAUCUUGCUGGCCCUGCCAUCUUUACCAAGGUUGGCCAAUUCUCUCUUGGCGCCAUUACUCAAGCAUUUUCCGGUCAAAUAGGCCCUCUCGCCCUCGCUUCCGUCUUAGCUGAAAUCUCCAUUAUUACCGCCUUUUCCUGUGCUGUAGUGGUUGGGAUGGGAAGUGCACUGGAAAUAUUAUGUGGGCAAGCAUUUGGAGCAGGACAGCUAGUUAUGCUUGGAAUAUAUUUACAGAGAUCAUGGCUCAUUCUUGGUAAAGCAGCUUCAUUACUGUGCUUGUUUAAUGUAUUUGCAGCUCCAUUUUUGAGACUGAUUGGGCAAACUGAAACUGCAAUAUCAAAAACAGCAGGAAUUUUCUCUCUUUGGAUGAUACCUCAGUUAUUCGCUUUCGCAAUGAACUUUCCUGUCGCAAGAUAUUUACAGGCUCAAAGCAAAAUCAUGGACAUGGCGGAAAUCACCGCCACAGCCUUGGUUUUGCACAUAAUUUUUAGUUGGUUGUUGAUGCUGAAGUUAGGGUGGGGAUUGGUGGGCGCUGCGGUGGUGUAACUGCUAAAUGCAUCGUGGUGGUUUAUUGUUUUGUCGCAGUUUUUGUAUAUAACUAGUGGAAAUUGUGGCAGAGCUUGGAAUGGAUUUUCAUGCAAAGCUUUCCAAAACUUGUGGGGUUUUGUUAAGCUGUCUGUAGGAUCAGCUUUAUGCUAA